AUUAAGAUGGAUACCCCAUUUUAUUGGAACGUCAGUCUAGACAUUAAAAAUGGGGAAUCCUACCCCAAAAUGGGGGUUUUUUCCCCAGAUGUAGCUAUGCGACUCCGUACCCUCCUCGUCUCUCCGCAGGCCACAUCGGCACGACGUGCCUGUUGCUAGCGAUACGAGGGAACAUCGCCGCCUCUUCCGCCUCCGCCGCCUCCGCCGUCCCGCCCGCUGGCAUCAUCGUGACACCCGUAACCUUCCGGUGGCCGUCGCAGCCUGUGUGUGUCGGGUGGUCAUUGUCCUCCUCGCCAUCUUCGAUGCCGCCUUCCUUGUCGACAGCUGCUUCUGUUCUGCCUUUUCCCCUUUCUCGUCGUCCUUUACGCCCUCUUCUCCUUAAACUCCUCCCCUCUCCUCUUCUCUCCUCUCUGUCUCCGCCCGUCGAAUCCGUCUCGCAGCGCCCGUAUCACACCGCAAUCGAGCGUCCCGCCGGCGCCUAUACGCGAGAGAGCCGCGACCGCCGCGACGCGGACGGCCCCUCCUCAACGUCUAGCGGCGCAGUAUGUCUGCCAUGGUACUACCCAGGCCCCGCAGGCUUUUCCGGUCCGGUGGAUGAGUUCAACGAGCCCAUCGAGCGGCUCUUCGUCCCGGAACUGAGCGUCAUGCACCGCCUGAUCCCUCCCUCGCAGCUCGUGACCUUCAACAGCGCCAAAGACUUAUCGCAGCUGCUCUACGUGCACCCGCGCACCGGCGCCGUCCAGCCGGACCCCAUGACCGCCGUCGUCUGCAUCGACGGUGCCUGCCGUGACAACGGUCGCCCCACGGCCCGCGCCGGCUGGGGCGUGUACUUCGGACCAAGCUCACGUUACAACGCCCACGGCCGCGUCGCCGCAGACUUGCCGCAGACGAGCUCUCGGGCCGAGAUCGAGGCCCUGGCGCAGGCCCUAAAAAUCUUGCGGGAGAUCGCGGUCGCCGACUUGACGCUACAGGAGUUCCGCAUCGUGAGCGACUCGGAGUACCUGGUCAAGGUCAUGACGCUGUGGAUCAGCAGCUGGGUCAGGAACGGGGGCCGCCGGACCGAUCGGUCCCCCGUCCAGCACUUCGAGACGCUGCGCCGCCUCUAUAAGACGAUCGACGAGAUGUACUACGACGACUUGGGCGCACUAAACGUCAAGUUCUGGCACGUGCCCCGCAAGAGUAACAAGGGGGCGGACGCUCUGGCGAACCGGGCGCUGAACGCAGAAAGGGGAGGUCGUGGUUAAGUAUCGUCCAUCCUGGGACGGCGUCGAAUCGGGGAUCAGGCCCGAGGCGGGGGUUGCGACUGGCAAGGCGAGAGAAUAUUGAAAAGAAAUUCGUGAGAGGGCUACCUGCCGAAUCUGGCAUUCAAGAUACCUAGCAAAGACAUCAAGCCAUUGACCUACCUAGGGAUACGGCACACGUACACUCCAUUGCCAUUUUGCACAGGAGGGGAGCGGAGGCGGAAGAGGAAGAUGACAGGAGGACAUGUGAAAGAGGAGGAAUGUAGGUAAUUGUUGGUAGCAUGUAUCUGCACCUAGGUACGCAAUGCUAGCAGAUGGGAUGGUAGCGGCGAGGUGGCCAGAAUGUGUCUUAAGCUACCUAGAUACCUACUACCUACCUAAUAAAUAUAGGCACCUAGCAUCGGCGUCGUCUGGCGA